AUGGUAAUAAUAUUUCUUUUAUAUUGUAAAAAUUAUAUCAACCCACGUAUGUUUUACAAUUGUUUAUUAUCUACUGAUUACGUUGUGAUACUAGUUAUGAGACUUAACAUUAAGUUUAUGAAAUUAGUAUGUACAAUAAUCAAGAGGUCAGUCUUUUCUCUGCUGAAUUAAAAGUCUUACAAAAAGUUCAGGCAGACACUAAAAAGAAAAUUAAUCUGUAUGUUCUUGGAUUUAAUAACAAAAAGUUCAGAUAUGUGGAAGUCAGUUACUUAAAUCAGUACGCAAUUCAUAUAAUUUGAAAUAAAUAUUCAUUUAAUAUCUGUUGGAUGCAGUUCGGUCAAAUAGUACCGCAACGGAAUGAUAAAGGAUGUUAUCAUAGUCCAUUUUACUGUAAAACUCUAACAAACCGUCGGCGCAAGUUACUUAGUUAUUUAAAUAAAAUGCUUUAUGAAAAUCCUACAAUGAGUGUGGAGUUACAUGAAAAGGAACAAACUAACUUAUUGAAGGAUAUUGGACAUCCUACUGAAAAUAAUAGUGAAUUGUGGGAUGACUGGAGCAAUUGGAGUAUAUGCAGUGUAACAUGCGGAAGUGGUCGUCAAGUUCGUUGGCGUCACUGUUCAGCAGAACAUUGCAUAAAAGGAUUAAAGAGGGCACAAAUAAAAGCAUGCCGUUUAAAAAAUUGUGAUUCUAAAGAUAUUCUUCACUGGCUUGGCAUUAAAUCCAAAUAGUUUUAUUAAAAAUAGAGAAUACAUUGUUAUAUUUUAAGUUUAUACAGAAGUACGAACAUAAGAUUUUGAUUUUAAUUCUAUAUUCAAUUAAAAUGAAACUUUUCCUUCGAUGAAAUUGUAUUUAACUUUAACUAAAUUUUACACAUUAUAUUUAAUAGAUGUAAUAAUCGAUGGUAUUUCUUUCUGUAUUAUUUGCUGCUAUUUAUCGAUAAAUUUCUACUUUUUCAUUCUUUGCUUUAGUAUUUCCGCUCUAUUAAAAAAGUGAAAGAUAUUACACAUUUUAGUACAGUUUACAUACAUACAUACGUACAUAUAUCUGCGAUAUCUUACGAAAUUAUUAUAGCACAUUUGUACCAUAUGCAUAUUGUUCUAAAUUAAACUUUCGGUAACGUUGGGAACGAUA